AUGGAGAAAACGCUGACGAAACCUUCAUGUAGCUGGUGCAUAGACUAUGAGCACUUUGAGGAAAACAAGCAGUUAAGCAUCCUAGUGAAGUGCUGCAAGAAACUAUGUGAAUAUAUAACCCAGACAAGACUGGCAGAGGACAUAAGAGAAGCAGUUGAUUGUUCUUCUGAUAUUUUAGCUUUACUCAGUGAAGGAUCACUGUUUUGUGAGAACACAGAGAAACCUUCAGACUCAUCCUUCACUCUGUGUUUGACACAUUCCCCUUUACCUUCAACUUCAGAACCCAUAGCAGAUCCUCAUGCUAAUUUAUCUCCAAAGUCUGAAAGUGCCCUCAGCAUUGCCAAUGAAAGUUCUGUUGUCAAUGGUUUGCCUACUUACAAAGGACUUUCAAUAGAUAGAUUUUGUAUAAAUAUCCCCUCACCUAAACAUCCAAAUAUUAAUGACAUGUGUAAUACUGUUGAUAUAAAAACUGAGGAUCUGUCUGUCAGCCUGUCACCUAUCUGUGACACGGUAACCACUAACUUGUGCUCCACAGAUAUUGAUAUCUGGAGUUUCAGUGAAGAGCCAAAACCUGGUGACUCUCUUUUGCUGAGUGAUGAGGAAGUAAUCCACAGUUUGGAAACUGUUUCAAAUAAAGAGGUCGGAUGUCCUAAUUUGCAUACAAAUUUGGAAGCCACUGUAUCCAAUGAAACUUUCUUGUAGCUUUCUUCCAAGUCUCUUAGCCAUAAUUUUUUUAUGUCUGCCAGCCCUAUACCUCAUGUGUUAUCAUGUACAGCAGCAACUCCAAAGGUAGCAAAAUUGAAUCGAAAAAGAACCAGAUCUGAAAGUGACAGUGAAAAAGUUCAGCCACUUCCAAUACUAGGGGCGCCUACUCCUGUGACGGUGAAGCAUGAAAGGAAAAUCUUCCUUCAACCUAUAGCUACUGUUUCCAAUGUAGGCACAACACCCAAGACCACCAAAACUGUACUUUUAUCUACUAAAAGCAUGAAAAAUUGUCAUGAACAUAGAUCCAAGAGAUCCCACUCUAAAUCCAACCCAGGUAUUCUUAAAAAAGACAAGGCAGGACAGGCAAAGAUUCUUAGUCAUCAUGUUAUGCCAGGAAGUACUACCAAGACUGUGUGCAAAAAGCCCCAGGGAAAGGAAGGGUGUAAAUGUGGGCAUGCUAUGCAAAAUCAAAGUAAUCUUACAUGCAUCAGCCAGCGCUGCCAUUGUUACUCUAACCAGAAAGCCUGCUUACAUUGCAGAUGCGAAGGCUGCCAGAACUCCUACACAGCCAAUGGGGAGAAGAAGCUGGAGGUAUUUACUGUGCCAGUGAAGGCCUUGGAGCAGAGCAGACUCACAUUGGGGGUUAAUGUGACCAGCAAUGCUGUGCGCAACACAAGUACCAGUUCCAGUGUUAUCAAUGUCACAGUGUUGCCAGUAAUGACAUUUUUAGUCUCCAGUACAAAUGAUAACAAAUGUUUGAAUAAAGCUAUAGAUAUGAGAUUUGAAUGUUAA